CACUAGGAAAUUUCUUUGCGAAUAUUUCAAAUUUAUCAAGUAACAGAUGUAGCUUGUAAUUUUUUUUCUUCUCUUCAAUCUUCAUUCUUUAGUUACUCUUCUGUUGGAAAACUCAACAUUUUGAUAACCUCCACCAAGCUUCAUUUUCUUCAUGGAUGGACCAUCUCCACCUGGAGCUCCUCAGGACCUUCCCAUUUCUGAUGAGUUCCAGGAUUCCACAGAACCAAACACAAAGGCAUUGACCAUCAAAACAGCAGGAUCAUCGGCCGAUAAUGGCGAAAGAUCUGCUCCCAUGUCUCCUUUCAUCUCAAUCUCUCCACACUUGAACUCCCCCUCUCCACCUUCCUCUGCGUUUGUUUCGGCAUUACAGUCACCUUAUAUAUCUCCAAGGGCCUUCGAACCACCACCAGACAGCAUCACCACUCCAUCAGCUGCAGUCCCAUCUCCAACCUCAUACUCUGGUUCUCAUUCUGAUGACAUUCCAAGCACUUCCUACACUCCCCCAUCAGAAAGAUAUGAUUUCCCCAUCGACCCAACUGAUCAAAAGCCAAAGUUCUCCGAUGCGGCGCGAAUCUCAUUCUCCUUCCCAGUCCCCCGAAACUCUAUCACAAAAGGUUCUGUCUCCCCUUCCUCCAAUACGAAGCUCCGCAGCUGCGAUGUUUACAUUGGAUUCCAUGGCCAAAACCUUAAUCUCAUUCGCUUCUGUAAGUGGCUCAAGGCUGAGCUUGAGCUCCAAGGAAUAGCCUCAUUUGUUGCUGAUCGAGCAAAGUAUUCGGAUACACAGAGCCAUGAGAUUGCCGAUCGAAUCAUAUGCUCGGCAACCUUUGGUGUUGUUGUCAUGACUCCAUCAAGCUUUCUUAAUGCUCUCAGUGUGGAGGAGAUCAGAUUCUUUUCUCAGAAGAAAAAUCUCAUCCCUGUUUUGUUUGAUACUGAGCUUUCGGAGAUCACGCAUCUUUUUGAUGGGAGGUUAGAAGAUAAGGAAUGCAGGGAGGCCUUUGAGGGGGUAACCAGGAGCAAUGAAUUUAAGCUCGAAGCAAAUGAUAGCAACUGGAGGAGUUGUGUAUCGAAAACCAUCAGUAUCUUACAAUCAAAGCUUGGAAGGAAUAGCAUUGCCGAGAAGGAGACUGAAGGUUUUGAGGAAUUACCCUUUCCUCGAAACAGACAUUUUGUUGGGAGGGAGAAGGAGCUGACAGAGAUUGAAGCUGCUUUCUUUGGAUGCAGUGAUGUUCAUGAAAUGGAGUGUCCGAAGCCUGCGCUGACUAAUGGUGGAUCAAGUGGAUUUUCUGAUGGAUUUGCUGAUGAGGAGAGUGAUACGGUGAGAACAAAUGGGAGAUACAUCAGCUUGGAAAUGAGAAAGUGCAAGGAGCCUACUUUGGAGGCCUGGAUUGAUCCAGUGAUCGAAACGAUGGGCAAAGGAAGCCGACUACAGAGGCAGAGAUCAAAACACAAGAAAACAAGAAGUGGGGGCAGCAAGGGUCAUGGCAAUGCCAGUGUGGUAUGUAUAAAUGGGAUAUCAGGAAUUGGCAAGACGGAGCUUGCACUGGAAUUUGCUUACAGAUACUCUCAGAGAUACGAGAUGGUAUUGUGGGUCGGUGGAGAGGCAAGGUAUUUCAGGCAGAAUAUACUGAAUUUGUCGAUGAAUUUGGGACUGGAUGUUAGUGCUGAAGCUGAGAAGGAAAGAGCAAGGAUAAGGAGCUUUGACGAGCAAGAGUUUGAUGCAUUCCAGAGGGUGAAGAGGGAGCUGUUCAGAGAUGUGCCUUACUUGCUGGUAAUUGACAAUCUUGAGACAGAAAUGGAAUGGUGGGAAGGAAAGGACCUGCAUGAUUUAAUUCCAAGGAACACUGGAGCUACCCAUGUGAUUGUGACAACCCGGCUCUCGAAGGUGAUGAGCUUUGAGCCCAUGCAACUCCCACCUCUCUCUUUGGCUGACUCAAUGCUUCUGAUCAGAGGAAGACGAAAGAAGGACUACCCUGCUGAGGAACUGGAAGUGCUGAGAAAAUUUGAUGAGAGAUUAGGAAGAUUAGGCUUCGGGUUGUGGGUGAUUGGGUCGCUGCUAUCUGAGCUAGCAAUCUCUCCAUCUGCACUAUUUGAAGCCAUUGAGAGAAUCUCCAUCAGCGAAAACUUCUUCUGUUUGGGUUCUCCUGAUGAUGGAUUCUGCAGGAAUAAUCCUUACCUGAUGAAGGUCUUGAUGUUUUGCUUUGCCAUUUUGGAUCGAGAUAAAGGAAGAAGUCUUGCAUCAAGAAUGGUUCUUACUGGUGCUUGGUUUGCUCCUGCCCCCAUCUUAUCAAAUCUAUUGGCUGCUGCAGCUAAUAAACUUCCCACAAAAGAAAAUGGCUUUCAUCAAUGGGGAAAAGGUCUUGCUAUGGCCUUGGGUUGCUACACUGGUUGCUGUUUAGCUCACCAUGCUCGAAAGAAUGAAGUGGAGUCUGCUCUGAUGCUGGUUAGACUUGGCCUGGCAAAAAGAAGCUUCAGACAGCCAGGUUGCUGGAUCCAAUUCCACCCAAUCACACAAAUGUUCGCAAAGAGGAGGGGUGGGCUGCCGCCAGCCAAGGCCAUGAUUCAAGGCAUGAGGAAGGUCGGCAAUGCCAUAUUAAACUCAGAUCACCUCUGGGCUUCUGCAUUCCUCGUAUUUGGGUUCAGGUCAGAACCCCCCAUUGUCCAGCUGAAGGCAGUUGACAUGGUCCUCUUCAUCAAAAAAACAGCUCUUCCCUUGGCAAUCCGAUCAUUCAUGACCUUCUCAAGGUGCAAUUCGGCUCUGGAGCUGCUGAAGGUAUGUACGAAUGUGCUCGAGGAGGUGGAGAAAUCAUUUGUGUCUCAGAUACAAGAUUGGCAGCAUGGGUCCCUGUGCUGGAAGAAGCAGCUCCAUUCCAACCAGAGGGUGGAUGAGUAUGCAUGGCAGGAUGUAACACUCCUCAAGGCCACAUUGCUUGAGACCAGAGCCAAGCUAUUGCUUAGAGGAGGGCACUUUGACAAUGGGGAGGAAGUUUGCAGGACCUGCAUUAGCAUCAGAACUGUGAUGCUUGGACAUGAUCAUGCCCAGACAUUAGCUGCCCAAGAAACACUAGCAAAAUUGGUUAGAUAUAGAAGUAAAAUAUGAAGCCGGCGUUAAAUUUUUCACGCUUCGGUUGCGCUGAUUGAUAUAGAUCCUAGCUUUGUUCUUAGAUUUUGUUAUUCUAAUACUGGACAAGUACAUGUAGUUCUUGUUUUCCAUAUGGAAGAGCAGCUUAGAGGGUCAUUAGUAA